UCGAGAACGGAAAUACGGUCUACAGUGCUAUAAAUAUCAGCCGUGCCUAAAUGCCUAAUAGAACGGCUUACCACCAUGCGCAGCGUUCCACUACACUGUACGUCCGUAUGGCCCACCCGCCCCCGCAUGCGGGGAGUCGUCGGUUGGUCCCUAAGAAAUUAACCGCGGAGAGCCUUGAUAGUUGAUACAAGAUGACUGAUGAGAGGCACCUGGCGUAAAUGUUCGAUUUCUUUUUCCAUAUUUCCAUGUAUAAUCCCAGAGUCCAGUGUCUAACUUGCCUUCCAAUUAUUUAUUCGAUCUCCUCUUUCGUACCUUUCAAGUUUGUCUUCCUUUUAAGAGCGUGGAUAUCCUCGGUAAUCGCCGGCAGUAACAAAAGGGCAUUUUAGCGAAAUGGAUACUUUUAGGGUCACAGAAGCCGAUUUGAGAGGCAUCGAGAAUAAGGUCGUGGUUGUGACCGGCGGUAGCUCCGGAAUUGGACUCGCAACCGUGAAGUUGCUCGAUAGCGUCUCCAAUACCAAUAGGUUCAUCAUCAUCGACCGCACCCCUCCACCCUCCGAUCUGGGGAUUCCAUCGGAGCGACUAUUCUUCCACAAGACCGAGAUCACUUCGUGGGUACAGCAACGAGCGGCAUUUGAGGGAGGUUAUGCCAAGUUCGGCCAAAUCGACGCAGUCUUUGCCAAUGCCGGGAUUGCGGAGCAUGAAGAUCAAUUUUUCACGGACAAGUAUGAUAACAAUGGAAGGCUGGCCGAGCCCGAUCGCCGUGUCCUGAAUAUUGACAUGGACGCUUUCUGCGAUACGGUUAAACUCGCCGUCCAUUUCAUGCGGAAGAGCAAGUCAGGGGGCUCGAUCAUCUGCACCGCAUCGCUAGCAGGCUACCUCGCCAGUGCCGGCGCACCGCUCUACUCCGCCGCCAAACACGGCGUGGUUGGGUUGAUGCGCGCGAUGAAGCAGGAGACCGCGAAGCUUAACAUUGCCAUCUCAGUGGUGGCACCAGCGAUUACCGUCACACCAAUUCUCCGCCAAAACCGUGAAGAUGGCGGGUCCGAGGAGGUCCUGGCUCAAGGAUUUUCCAAGGCCGGCGUGCCGAUCAACAAAGCCGAGAGCAUCGCCCUGGCUGUCGGCCACUUGAUCAAGCAAGGCCGGCAAGGCAAUGGUGCCGGGAUCUUCGUGCAGGCGGAUCGCAUGGUGGAUUUGGAGCGCGGACUGGCGAAAUCGAGGGAGAUUUGGAUGAGCAAGGAGAUGUUGGAUUUGUUCAGGGGAGGACGUGAGGCGCCCCUGUUCUCAAGAAUCUAGCCGUACCCCGAAGUUUGUGAGCUCGUCUUGUAAAAUCUAUGCUGCUUCUAUCGCAACUUCUAUAGUUUAGCCUUUGCUCUGCUUUCAAUUAUCUCGGCAUCUCUCUU